CAUGAUCUAUCAAUGGAGAACGUUUAAAGUUGAUUAUCGAAAUUUUAUAAACCUGACACGUUCAAUGACGCAGUUUAAUUACAUGACAAGCAAAAACAGGAUUGCUCGACCACGACAAAGCGUAAUUUGAUUACUCGUCGGUGGAUGGAACGCUGAUGCCAUUGGUCGAUGCAAUUUCGAUCGAUCUUCGAUUUUUCAUCCCGCAAACAGCAUUACAUCUUCCAAAAUAUAAUUACUUUUAUCACUUAUGAUAUUCGAAGAAAAGGUAUUUUACGAGCGGUUGAGAAUGUAAAUUUACCACAUGCUCGCACGUGAGCAUAUACCACGGUUAAUAGUCGAUAAAGCGGUCGAUACUGAUUGGCGUGGUAUCGUGCAGGUGUACCACUUUUACGUACCACAUAAUAGACGUGUGAAGCAUUGAAGUUCGACUGAUAAUUACUAUAAAUCAGGCUGCAAAAGUUUUAUUUUCCAAGCAAACGAUUUUCAAGUUUUUCAGAAGAAAAACUCAUUCAUCAGUAAAGGACUAGUAACAUUUGAACCCUUCGCACUGGACUACUAUUCAAUCAAUAUUCAUAUAACAUAUAAUAACCAUUUACCAUUCAUUUUAAACGCAAAAGACGUCGCCAGUUACUUGCCGCGAAAUCGUCUUCGGCAACAUUCAAGAUAAUAAUUGUCAGAAAGGAACGACCGAUAGAUAGACUGGUCGAUAGAGCUUAGGGUGGCAUAGCGUGGUUCAUACUCGUGUUCCGUGUACACAUGAAGCUGCGAUACACGCGCCAUACGCGAGCACACAGAACCACUAUGGGGAAAGAGAGACAGAAAAAGAGAGGCAGAGAGAGAGAAAGGGAGAGGGCAGACGACAUGCGCCGGCCCUCGUUGCUGUAUGUUAUAAUGUUCGAAGCCCACGAACAGAACGAACGUUGGACGACAGUCAUUCAGAGCUCGACCAGUGUGCCGUACGUUUCGUGGCUCCUCUCAUCCUCGUCGUGCUACAUCGUGUUCGUUCACAUCCGCCCUCGGUUCCCGGCAUCGACGAUUAGAUUACCUGAGAGUCGUCAAUUAACCAGAACAGGAACUAAAAAUAUAGGAAAGAACGAUGCUCUGAAUGUGAUCAUCUCGUUCACACCGGACAUUUAUUUUUCCCGAUGAUUUUUCUCUAUGACGCGCCAAUAGAAGAUAGACAUUAGUGACCAGUGAUAUUUGGAAACACAUAGACAUCUUCAAGGGGUUAAAUAGUUUCCUCCGAAUACAUCUGAAUAUUCGUGUAAAGGUCGGUUUCCAUCAGCUCGUCCAUGCAUAUCCAAUAAGAAAGGAUUUUGUGGAUCAACAGAGAAGCAAGAUGCGAAACACAUAUGGAACCUUUGGAAGGAUGUCGAAAUCGGGAAGUAUCAAGGAUGGCGAGAAAGGGCCAUACGACCCGGUUCCAAGUACAGACAAAGGCAACGAUGAGAUCAAGCUCGAGGCAAAAAUGUCUUUGUUGAAUGGAAUCACCGUGAUCGUCGGCUCCAUUAUUGGUUCUGGCAUAUUCGUUAGCCCAACUGGUGUUCUCAAGUACACGGGAAGCGUGAACGCGAGUCUUUUGGUGUGGACAGCUUCCGGUAUUUUCUCCACGGUAGGGGCUUACUGUUACGCGGAACUUGGAUGCAUGAUCAGGAAGUCAGGCGCCGAUUACGCAUAUAUUAUGGAAACUUUCGGACCUUUCCUCGCAUUCAUCAGGCUCUGGGUUGAAUGUAUGAUAGUGCGGCCUUGCAGUCAGGCCAUCGUGGCCUUGACUUUCAGCGUUUAUGUGCUGAAGCCUGUGUUUCCAGAUUGUGCUCCACCAGAUGAUGCUACGAGAAUACUUGCAGCCUGUUGCAUCUGUAUUCUGGCGUUUAUUAAUUGCUGGGACGUAAAAUGGGCGACAAGAGUGCAAGACAUCUUUACAUAUGCAAAAUUACUCGCGCUUUUCAUCAUCAUCUUCACUGGAGCUUAUCAAUUAUUCACCGGGCAUACAGAAUAUUUUACGUUCGACAACACGAAGACAGAAGUGACAUCGAUAGCACUUAGCUUUUAUUCGGGAUUGUUCGCUUAUAACGGCUGGAACUACUUGAAUUUCAUCAUUGAGGAAUUGAAGGAUCCUGUAAAGAAUUUACCAAAGGCCAUUGCAAUCUCGUGUGUCCUUGUUACCACGGUCUAUGUUUUUGCAAACAUGGCAUUUUAUACGACACUGAGUCCGGUGGAAGUUCUUGGUAGUGAAGCCGUCGCUGUUACCUUUGCGAAUCGUUUAUUCGGAAUGUUUGCUUGGACGAUACCAGUGUUUGUCGCUCUUUCCACGUUUGGUGCAGUAAAUGGAAUUCUUCUUACUUCCUCCAGACUUUUUUAUGCUGGCGCUUGCGAGGGUCAAAUGCCUGAAAUAUUGACAAUGAUUCAAAUUUCGAGGCUCACACCUACUCCAGCUGUUCUUUGCAUGACUUUGUUGUCAAUGCUAUAUCUUUGUUCUUCAGACAUUUUUGCCCUCAUCAAUUAUGUUGGCUUUGCUACUUGGUUAAGUAUAGGUGUCUCUGUUUUGUGCCUACCAUGGUUGAGAUGGUCUCAGCCGAAUUUGUCUAGACCUAUCAAAGUGAAUCUCUUCUUCCCCAUAAUCUACAUCCUCGCAACCCUUUUUGUAACAAUUGUACCCAUGUAUGCCAGUCCUGUGGAAACAGGAUAUGGCUGCUUGAUGAUCUUAUCAUCCAUACCUGUAUAUUUUAUAUUUAUCGCGUGGAAAAAUAAACCAAAAUUCUUCCAGAAAGGAGUCGUAAGCAUCACAAAGUUCCUGCAGAAAAUAAUACUGGUCGUUGGCAAGUCGAAACCCGCUCAGGUUUAACCGCAUCUAGAACGGAUCCUCAGUCUUCACAACGAUGACUUCUUAUUCCAAGAGAACCAAACACUGCUCAGAGAGCAGUGUUCUUUCUUUCAAAAAUAUUUUUUCAUAUUUAUCUGGAGAAAAAAAUUUGAGAAAUCUAUGUAGAAUUUGAAAUAAGACUUCCAAGUUCAUAUAUA